AUGUCCUUAGCAGAAGGCACUUCAGACAACGAGCACACAAGACAGGAGGAAGACCAGAACUCACAGACCCCCACUGGAACCAAGAAGAAGAACGAUAAAAGACAGAUGUCAGACUCUUACAUGUGGAAGGAACAGAUCCAUACUCUGAUGAAGGGCGGAGAGAGUGAGUCCGAUAUCUCGGACUCCGAACACUUCCUCACUAAGGGCGCAUUCCUCCUCACUCCCUCUCACGGCCUCAGCAUGGAGAAAGCUUCGGCCAUCUGCGAGAAAAUGGAGUUCAAAGGGUGUUUCUCCCUCACGAAGACAGCCACUGGCAUACUAUUUAAAUUCUCCAGCGUUGAUGACUACCAGAUGGUCUUCAAGAAAGGUUUCCAUAAAGUAACUGGAUCCAGGUUUUAUAGGAAGAUUGCAAUCCCAUGCAGGCCGCAGAAGACAUUUACUAUCUACGUGUAUGACAUUCCCGAUGAGGUCCCCGAGGAAGACGUCCGCCACGCCCUCUACAAGUUCACCUCCGUCGUGGAAGUGGUCCGCCUUCACUUCUCCGGCUCCCCCAAGGAUGGAAACACUGGUUGGUACAGCAUAGGCAGCUCCACUCCUAAGCCGCUGGAGAAGACGAGCUCUCGUGCCCUCACGACCAUUGAUGGCGAGCUGGUCAGCAGUAUGAUCCCCAAGGAGGCUACCAGUGUGAUCCGUGUCACACUCGCUAACAUCGAGGAGGCCAACAUUCUGCUGCAGAACGGCCUGGACUUCUACGGAGCCACGUUCUUUCCUACUGAGCUCGCGACGCCAGCCCAGGCUGCUAAGCUCAUCAAGCCCAGCAGUUUGGUUGUCCCCAGGGUCACGGGGGGCACCGUCUCAGCCAGGGUCCGUGAUCUUCUGCCAGUGUUCGACCAGCAAGGUUUCGCCAAGUUCGCCCCACCAGCAUCGCGCCUGGUCAAGCCAAGAUCCAAGUAG